AUGGCUGCGCCCAUACACAACGUGUUCGUUGCUUCAGAAAUUGGUUUAUUGAAAGGAGUCAGUGUUCCGAAAUCACGAUGGGAAAAUAUCAACACAAUCGAAGAAGCGAAAAAGGAAAACGAAAUAAGUGCUCUUUGCUGGGGAAAUGAUGAUCAGACUACGAUGUGUUUAGGAUUAAAAUGCCAAAAAGUUAAAACAUAUGACACAAAUAAGAAGGAAUUUUUAGAGGAAAAGGAUUUCCAUAUUGACGAGGGAAGGUUAAGGGAGUUGUUAAAGGUCGAGGGCAAUUUUGUAACUGCAUCUAGUACAGGAGUUGUGAGACUAUGGAAAGAUGUCGAGGAUUUCACGGAAAUACAAGCAGGGAAGGACUUGUAUUGCAUGACUCAAAAUCAUGCAAUGCCACAUGUGUUGGCAACUGGGGGAAAGGAAAAUGAACUAAAAAUAUGGAAUCUUGAAGCACCAGAAAAGCCUACAUUCCAGGCAAAAAAUGUCAAAAAUGACUGGUUAAAUCUUCGUGUCCCAGUUUGGGUUAUCCAAACUCGGUUUCUUCCCCAGAGCGAGAAAUUAGUAACCACGACUGGUCAUCACCAGAUUCGGGUUUAUGACCCGAAAGCACAACGAAGGCCAGUGUUAGACUUUCCAUAUGAUGAAUAUCCUAUCACAGCCUUGUCAACAUGGGGCAACCAAGAUAACAAAGUGAUUGUCGGAAACACACAUGGGCAAAUGGCACUUAUUGACCUCCGCAAGGGAGCCAUGGUACAGCAAUAUAAAGGCUUUGCUGGUGGAAUUCGUUGUAUUCAGUGUCACGAAAGUCAACCUCUUGUGGCAUCAUGUGGGCUGGACAGAUUUCUUCGUGUACAUGACUUGGAAACUCGUGAACUGCUACACAAAGUAUAUUUAAAAUCCAAACUGAACUGUCUUUUGUUUAGUAGGAAAUGGGAAAGUGAAGAGAAGAAGGAUAUCGGGAAUGUGGACAAAGUGUCAAAUAUGGUUGGGAAUGAAGAGGAGGGCGUAGAAUUUGAGGAAGAGGAUGAAAAUAUGUGGGAAAAAAUGGAAGUAGUGCAAACAAGAACAAAAAGGAAAGGUGAAUUGUUAGAGGACGAUAUAAGUGAAUUGAAAAGAAAAAAGACACAAGGAAAGAAAAAUAAAAGUAUUGAAAAAAUUGCCAAAAAGGAGAAAAAGAAACAAAGGUCUUAAUAAAUAUAUUGAGAAUUAUGAAUUUUAUUUUGGAUUUGACCAGUUUAAGAUUAAACUGAGAACUUUGAAGAAAAAGUAUUUUGUUUAUUUGAGUACUACAGUAUAUUGAAAUAUGAACACUUGUAUUACAAUGGUGAACAUUAGCAUGAUUCAACUGCUGUUAAUAAGUAAAUAAAUCAUCUGUUAAAAUA